AUGGGAAAGUCAUUUCAUGUUGAGUUCGAUGUGUCUGAUCCCAGUCUUCGUUUCUACGUGUGCUGUAUCUGCCAAAACCAUGUCGCUCUCACCCAAGAUUUCAGCCUUAACUACACGCCAGCAACCGGGGUGACUGGAGGUGUAUUUGAUAAAGUGGUGAAUGUGCAUGUAAACGAAGCAGAGCAGCAGAGGCAACUUGGUCUUCACACAGUAGCAGAUGUCUACUGUAAUAAAUGCGAGAAUCUUCUCGGAUGGAAAUUUAUUGAAGUUUUUGAAGAGGAUCCAGUGGCAAGAAAAGACAUGGUUAUGUUACAAAUGGGGAAGCUGCAGGAAAGGAAUGGAAAUCAAAUAGAAGAAGCAGUGGAACCAAUCACAAAUACAGCUACAGGAAAUCGCCAGUAG